AAGGUGACAUAGAGAUAGAAACAUAAAUAGAAGCUUGGUUUGGUUUUAGUUUAGUACUCCGUAUAUAGUUUGGUGUCAAACAUAUAGAAGAAAGAAAGAAAGAAUGGGGGCGACUGGGGGCCUGGCACCAGGACUGUCAAGAAAGCUGAAGAAAGUGUUGGAAACAAGAACAGAUAAUCCAGAUCUGUUGGCUUCUCUCAACACUCUCUCUACAUUCUAUACAGAUAAUUCCUUAGCCUCUCGUCGCAACCUUCGAUCCACCAUCGAAAGACGCUCUCUUUCCAUCAAUUAUGAUUUCCUUGCCGCUUCCCAUGCCGCUCAACAGGCAUUGGAUCGGGUUGAAGAAGAGGUUAAUUCCCUUGCUGAAUGCUGCGACAGAAUUGGUAAAUCGUUGAGUGACUGUAAUGCAACUACGGGAGAUAUUAUUACUACUACAGAAAGACUAAAACAAGAAUUGGAAGUAACUACUCAGAGGCAAGAAAUUGCAUCUUGCUUUCUCCGAGAUUAUCAACUUUCCACCGAAGAGAUAAAUGCACUUAGGGAUGAAGAAUUGAAUGACAACUUUUUCAAGGCCUUGACUCAUGUACAAACUAUCCAUGCUAAUUGUAAACUCCUUCUUAGGACACAUCAUCAGCGUGCAGGUUUGGAACUCAUGGAUAUGAUGGCUGUCUAUCAAGAAGGUGCAUAUGAGCGCCUGUGCAGGUGGGUUCAGACUGAGUGCAAGAGAUUGGGUGACACUGAUAAUCCUGAAGUUAGUGAACUUCUGAAAAUGGCAGUUCGCUGUCUCAAAGAAAGACCUGUCCUGUUCAAGUAUUGUGCUGAAGAGGUAGCAAAUAUGAGGCACAACGCACUGUUUAGGAGAUUUAUAAGCGCUCUUACACGUGGAGGGCCUGGGGGAAUGCCGCGGCCGAUAGAAGUACAUGCUCAUGAUCCACUUCGUUAUGUAGGUGACAUGCUCGGUUGGCUGCAUCAGGCCCUUGCGUCUGAAAGAGAACUUGUAUUUGUGCUUCUUGAUCCAGAUGCAGUGGUGGAUACUGGACCAACUGCCCGUCGAUUCUCCAAAAGUUCCGAGACUAAUGAAGAGAAGGCAGAGCCUGACUUGACAUUUGUUUUAGAUAGGAUAUUUGAGGGCGUUUGCCGGCCUUUUAAAGUCAGAGUCGAACAAGUGUUGCAGUCUCAACCAAAUCUCAUAAUCUCAUAUAAGCUUAGCAAUACCCUUGAGUUCUACAGCCACACUGUGUCUGAUCUGCUUGGAAGAGAAACAGCUCUUUGUAAUACACUUUGGGCUCUUAAGGAUGCUGCUCAAAAAACCUUUUUUGACAUUUUGAAGACUCGAGGGGAGAAGCUUUUGCGAUAUCCCCCACUAGUUUCUGUUGAUCUUUCCCCGCCACCAGCAGUAAGGGAAGGCGUCUCAUUAUUGCUUGAACUAAUUGGAAUUCAUGACAGCAUGAUGGUUCCUGCAUCGGGGAAAAAGCCACCAUUUGAUCCCGUAAUAUCUGCUUUGCUUGACCCUAUAAUACAGAUCUGUGAGCUAGCAAUGGAAGCACACAAGUCUAAAGGGUCCAGCGAUUCAUCUAGAAGAAGCAGAACAAGGCUUGAAGCAAGUCAGUCACGGAGAUCAUCUGUUGAUGCUAUCUUGGCAAGCAAUAGCCAAGUGGUUCCAUCUAAGAAUAACGAAACGCCGUCAAAGAUUUUUAUCAUCAAUUGCUUAUGUGCCAUUCAACAACCAUUACUGAGGCACGAUGUUGCUUCAGAAUAUGUGAAGAAACUUGGCACAAUGAUUGACAAUCACCUGCACAACUUAGUGGAGAAAGAAGUAACUGCCAUUCUAACAAGAUGUAAUUUAUCAAGCAAGAUGUCUCUUUUCCACAACUCUCUUAACUCUAUUGCUGAUGCACCAUUAGCUCAGAUGGAAGAGACAUCACAUGAUUCUCUGUCAGAGUGUCUUAAAGCAUUCUUUGGGCUCGUUUUAGGAAGUGACAGCUCGCUGCCUGAAUUUGAACAGAUGCAGCUUCCAGGGCUGCGGUCUGAAGCUGGUGUCCAGGUGGCGAGAUCUCUGGCAGAAGCUUAUGAUGUUAUCUACAAGGCGAUAUUGGACCCGAAGAAUAAUUAUUCCGAUCCUAAGUCACUAGCAAGGCACCCACCAGAUCAGAUUCGGACCAUUUUGGGGAUUUAGUGCAAGUAUAAAGUUGUUUCUAAAUAUUGGAGAUAGCCUGCAAGAAUAUAUUCAUUUCACUUUUCCCGGUUCUUGAAGAUAAUUUUUUUAUUUUCUUUAGUUUAUAUCAUUAACAUUAGUACCAUGAUUAAUGAAACUUAUAUAUGAUUUUGCAGUU